UGGACGCAGAAAGACUGUGUGGACAAUUCUUGAAUGAUGAGCAACGUUGAGCAAUUGAAGAUUGUAGUAGUAGGACCAGUCGGAAGCGGCAAGACUACAAUAUCAAAUUUUCUUGCGGAUGCAACAGAAAUUUCAUCAGAACACAGGCCUACCAAAGGUGUUAGAAUCCUUGAAUUUGAAACGCAAAGCAUCAAUGUAAGGAAUAAAUUUGUCAAAGCUGAAAUAGAAUUGUGGGAUUGCAGUGGAGAUCACAGAUUUGAGACCUGUUGGCCAGCCGUAAGAAACAAAAGUCGCGGUGUGAUUUUUGUACACAACGGCAAAUCGCAGGACUAUGUUCGUGAGCUGGAACAAUUGUACGAUUAUUUCGUUAAUCAAACUGGGCUUGGUCCAACAAAUUGUGUCAUCUUUCAUCACGAUCAAGAUAAUAACAGUGUCGAAAUUCCUAAAAAGAUGUCGCCUAAGUUGUCUCGAAUAUCACAAGUGAGCUGUAAUACUGAGGAAGGUGCUAAUAAAUUAAAAGUUGAUUUUCAUUCGUUUUUGGGAACUUUGAUCAGCAACUUGCAAGAGCACACAGAUCAGGAAGAAAUGAUUCUUAUGCGGGAUAAUAUAUUGUUUGCUGCUUAAAAGGAAAAUUUAAACUUGAAUUAGCGUUACUACUUGAAUAGUUGAAAGUAAAUUACUAAAUUGAAUGUAAAGGUAAGUGAAUUAUGAAACACCUAAUUGUUGUAAGUUGUAUUUGGCAUUAAUAUGUGAUUUACAGUCAACAGUAAUUAAUAGUAUAAUGAAUUACAUUUCAAUACAUUAUCUUUGUCAAUGAGCGGUAAAAAUGAGUGAAAUAAGUUUUUCCAAAAGAAAAUGAUGUGAGAAAAGUAAAAGCAGGUUUCGGCACAAUGAUAAUAUUCUAUGCUGAACAUCGCAAGAAUUAGGUGUCCUUAAGCUAUUAAUUAUUAUAUAUCGUAUGUAAUAUUAUCGUAUUCGAUAAAAUACGUACCUAAUUUCAAUACUUUCUUGUGUUAAAAUUUAAAGUAACGCAAUAAAAGUAGAGUACUUGCUAAUAAAAUAGCAAAUAAACAGAAUAAAAGUGGAUCAAUUUAACGGAUGAUUUGGUAUUAACAUAAAUGCCUUUGUACUACUCACGUUUUGAACAAUCUCUGGUGUCAAAUGAACACAGAGUUGUUCUACAAUCUACAUAAACGUCGAU